CCUCCUGUGACGUCACGUAUGUACACCAUGAACCCGGAAGCGACGCGAACGCUGCUCGGUGUCGACAUUACAUUUGUCAGGCGUUGAUACCUCAAAAUAUACGAUGUAAUGCUUCCCACAACCGCGACGGAAACAUGGGAAUUUAUCUCACAGGUGGUCUUCUUUUCUUCGCCCUUGCAAGUACGGCAUUUGGAGACGAUGGAGAGGUGACAUUCGUAUCAGAGCUUUCAUCCAAGCCUGCUCAGAAGCUGUCAAGGUAUGGUUGGUAUGGUAACGUGAGGUUGCAGAGGUUCCACAUACCUGAGGAGACCGCCAUCGCCCGCUGGAUCUUCACCGUCACCAAAGGCCACAUCUUUCACUGCAGGCAACGUAAUGUCACUAUCCAUAUUAGGCAGGGGGCUCCUCCGGUGAUAAACCCGACUGGCACGGUGUUUCCAAACUCGGCACUGUGGAGUCCUUCUCUCACCCUGACCCUCCCUGUGACCUCACUUAGCUCGACAACGUUCAACCUGUCUAAUCCUGCACCCGGGGACUGGUUUGUGGCUGCACACUUGCCAGAAGAUGACGGGCGCAUUGAGCAAAAGGGCUUCCCAUCCUGCUCCUAUUUAUUCCAGCCUCAGCUGUCAAUCAGAAGGGCAGUUGACACACCCAUUUUACAGCGGGGGUUGUCAGUACAACAGUCCGUGACCCCUAACAACCCUGCACGCCUUAAGUUGUAUGUCCCACAGUUCACCUCGUCUCUGUCUGUCUCUGUGGACGAUUGUGCACCAGUGGAGGGCACAGGAAGUGAAAGCUGUUCACUGGUCCUCAGCCUGGGCUCAGAUUCACUUGUGGACGGCCCGGUUAAAGUAAACUGCUCAGGGAGCCGCUGCUCUGCUUCUCUCACCAACCCACCUUGGGACACCUGGUUGCGAGUUGUCGUGGCGAGUGUUCUGGACAACCAGACUGUAACCUUCGGCAUCAUAUCCAACUACCAAGUGGGGUGUAAGCCACAAAGCGUGGGUCUUGCAGCCGAUAAUACCAUCAGCAACCUCGGCAGCAACGCCAACUCCUCAGCCGCAGCUUCGCCCAACAGCUCUGUGCCGGCCGAUACCGUCUCCGGUGGAUCUCCGCUUCUGACGCCGUCCACGUGUGUGUGGAGCAUCCCGGUGCUCUACGAGGAAGCCGAUAUUCUGUCUCUCAGAUUCACCCCGGUUAACGGACCCAAUGUCAGCGUGGCCGCCACGCAAGCGACACUCCUCACGUACCCGCUGCCAGCGCAAGCCACAGGCGGGACGCUAAACUUGAAGCUCACACUGAACACCACUAACAUAACGCUGGGGAACAGCAGUACUGUGGUGGCCUGCCUCUCUCCCCGAGCACCGGUCCUUGAACUCAACAACUCUCAACCGUGUCGCACAGCUCUGUUUGGAGGCUACGGUGUUAGCGUGAACGCCAGCUCACCCAAAGCUGCGGUGCAUCUGCCUUUCCCGCCAUCAACAACAUGGUACCUCACUCUGCAGCUCACAUGCAACAGCAGUGACUGUGGGAAUGUGUCUGUGGUUUCCGUGGUCCCGGAGGUUUUUGUCAGUGCCUGUGUGGAGGACUGCGGCACAUUUGGAGAAUGUAGACUACUGAGUUCCUACACCUACCUGUACACUGCCUGUUCAUGCAAGGCUGGUUGGAGGGGUUGGGGCUGCACCGACAAUUCCACCGCUCUCUCGCUCAGCCGCCAGUUCACGGCCACUCUGCUGCUCACGCUCAGUAACCUCUCCUUCCUGCCGGCCAUUGUGGUGGCCGUCCGACGCUUCUACAUCACAGAGGCUUCUGUCUACCUCUUCACCAUGUUCUUCUCCACGUUCUACCACGCCUGCGACCAGCCAGGUGUAGCCGUCCUGUGUAUAAUGAGCUACGACACGCUCCAGUACUGCGACUUCUUGGGAUCCAUCUGUUCCAUCUGGGUCACCAUCCUGUGCAUGGCUCGCGUCCGGGACACGCUCAAAUACACUCUGUUCCUGCUCGGGGCUCUGCUGAUCGCCAUGUCGCUGCAACUGGACCGCAGAGGCCUGUGGAACCUGCUGGGCCCCAUCCUCUGUGCCAUACUCUUCCUGGUGGCUGCUUGGAUAUACCGAGGGGUGCAACGCCGCCAUUGUUACCCCCCAUCCUGGCAGAGAUGGGUCUUCUACCUUAUCCCCGGGGCGCUGUGCGCUCUCAUCGGGGUGUGCUUGUACAUUUUUGCAGAGACGGAAGCCAACUACUACUACACUCACUCCCUGUGGCACAUCCUGGUGGCCACCUGCGUGGUGUUCCUGCUUCCUCCCCGGGAGAAGAACCUGGCCGCCGUGGGCUGGUCCAAGGGCUGGAGGCUCAACUGGAAUUGGGACUGGAGUCCUCGAGUGUGUGGAUACACACUGUGCCCGAGUGGUAAAGACGAGCUCCACACGGUCACGUAACAAUCGUUGCCGCUGCAGAGGUCAGUCACAGAAGACGCACUUUAAACACGGAGCACCUGAUUCUGGCAUUUUUGACGUAUACGUUCACAUUUUGACGCUGGGGAAAAAAAAACAAAAAAAACAAACAAAGCAAACCUCCUAAAACCUUUAACCUCACGACCAGAUGUUUGUUUCUAGUCAACCUCAUCGCAUUUAAAGCUUUCCAAUAUCCAAUUCCGAUCCCAGGUUUAUUUUUUGCUAACUUUCUCACCAUGAAGUCAUUUGAAUGAAUUUCUAUUGAUUUAUUCUCAAGCACUUUUAAUUAUGUGUGUAUGUGAUUUCCUUAAAAACUUUAUGAAUGUACUGUAGAUGCAUACAUCUUUGUGUUUUUUUUAUUUUUUAUUUCCUUGUCGUUUCUUGCCUCAUUCCUUUCCCUCCAAAUGUCUAAUUCAUAUUUAUAACCGUAAGAAACACAUAAGUGACCAGGUUGCCUCUUUUUGCCUGUUUGACUUACAAACCUAGCAAAUAUAAAUCUCUUAUCAACAAUAUCAACGCCGUUUUUUUGUAUUGCUCUAUGUGUUGUAUUGUUUAACACGCAUCCAACACCGGGAGUGGAUAGAAGCAGGAUUACCGUAAUCCUCAGAAAUAUGGAAAGUGUGUGAAGUGCUGAAAGACGACCAUUAGUGAAUUGGAUAGAUGCUGCAAAGCUGAGCGAGUGAUAAAAAUAACGCCGGCAUUCAAAAGCUUCUACUUUCCUACUCGAACGGAUUUAAGGUCUCCGUGAGAAAACAGCUGUGCAGUAUUUUAGUAAAUUUAGUAAAAGUAUCAAGAAUUGCGUCAUCACCAGCUUCAAUAUGGAAUGGCAUACAAUUACUACUACAGUAUUGUACUGUAGACAUUCAAUAACAGUCACCUUUACACUCCUAUUAUUUAUUGUUUACGUCACAUUGCUCAACUAUUAGGGUCUUGGGUUCGAUGUGACAUGCUAUAUGUUCUAUAGUAUGAGAAAGAUGAGGUGCUGAGGAGUAAAUAAGUCCUGCUUAUAAUUGAUAAUUGAUUUUAAUAUUUACAAUCAAUACAACAGUUAAUUGUUCCACAUGAUGACCACAUGAAAUGCAUUUUUGUGACUUCAUGAAGUCUCAAAGAGGGUCGGUUAUGCUUUUCCCACCUUUUGAAUGUUGUAUUCUCA